GUGGAGGCCUCGUCCGGUGCCGACGAGCAUCUGUCGCCGUGAUCAUUUCCCAUAUCCGUCUUCUCUUCUCCAAUUCUUCAACCGACUACUCUUCCCGGCCACUCUACCCUUUGAAAUAAUUUAAACACGGCUAUCUUGAUUGAAGCCGGUGUUUAGAAUAUCAUCAUGGCUCCUCGCAUGGAGCUUAUCUCCUCUGCUGUUUCCUUUCUACAGGAUCCUUCUGUGGCUUCAUCGCCCAUUGAGAAGAGAGUCGCAUUCCUUCAAUCGAAAAACCUUACACAGGAAGAGAUCGAUCUCGCUUUAUCCCGCGCCGGUGAAGACCCGUCCGCUGCUGCUUCUGCUGUCGCCUCAACGCAAGGCUAUCAACCUCCUACUCAAAACGCUGUCUACCGUCCUCCCCCUCCACCAUCAGGGUAUGGCUACCCUCCUUAUGGCCAAUGGCAGGCCCCUCCGGAACCUCCCAAGAGGGACUGGCGGGAUUGGUUUAUCAUGGCUACAGUAGUCGGAGGUGUGGGAUAUGGGUUAUACACCGUCACAAAGCGGUACAUUGCGCCAUUAAUCGCCCCUCCUACACCACCCCAAUUGGAACAAGACAAGGAGCACAUUGAUGAGCAGUUUUCUCGCGCUUUUGCUCUAAUCGAGCAACUUUCCACAGAUACUGCGGCAUUGAAAUCAGCUGAAGAGGCGCGCGCAGAGCGAUUGGACACAGCGCUUCGGGAAGUUGAAACCUUGGUGGCCGAUCUGAAGACCGCUUCUCGCCGACGGGAUGACGAAACCCGCCGCAUCAGCGACGAGGUUAAAUCAUUGAAGGACGCCAUCCCCAAGGCUCUUGAGGGCGCUCGGGAAGGAAACGAAACCCGGUUGAAGGAGCUUGGCACUGAACUGAAGAGCUUGAAGACUUUGCUUGGUAACAGACUCAGUGGCAGCGGCGCAUCCACCGCCCCUGUUGCCGGAAGAACUAUCAGCGCAUCAACACUGCCCAGCGUUGCUCGGCCCACGGAGGAGGCGUCGCCGGUCACCACUCCUGCUACCACCAACGGCGUUACAGCAACUCCUACUACACAAGAAUCACAGCCCUCCCCAGCACAGCCAGGCGCCGGCACGACCACUGGUGCCGCCGCUAACAGCCCUCUUGCGCAAUUUGGCCGAGGCGCCUCCAUUCCUGCCUGGCAGAUGGCCGCUGCCAACCGGUCGAAGACCACUGCUCAGUCGACGACAGCUGCCGGAGACAGCUCUUCUGACAAUAAGGAGCAACAGAGCGCUCCGGCCAGUUGAUCGAUUUUAUACCGAGAGUGUGUAUGCGCUUACAAUAUGAAUACCCUUUCAUUUAUCCUUGUAUAUGGUAAUAAGAGCCACUGCCCUCUAUUUCUUGAAUGUAUUUACAAUAAGAGUACUGGAUUCUCAGGGAGUAUCACGUGCUUCUUAGUAUCAAUGGGGGAAAGGAAGGGUAACAAUAUUUGCAUGUCUUCUUGCUUGUAUUCCGAAAAUUCCAAGAACCGACCUUUAAGCGUUGAAAGGAUAGAAGGGUCCUAAAAGAAAAAUGGGUACCUCUCGUAGAUAAGAAGCAUUGGCGAUAUUUAUGGCUCUGACCUCAUACUCGUGAAAUCAUGUCCUCUUGCCCCAGAAAAGCUUGGCAUGUGAUCCGCAGCUUCUGGCCGCUUCUCUCCCAAUUGUCGCCC